UUCGUUCCAGUUGCAGUCAGGCAGUAGCAGGUCAACAUCAUUGUUCUUUGUUACAUGCUUCAUACUGCUCUUGUCAUCAUGGAUGUGGAGCAACUUAUAAAUGAAGUUAAGCUGCGCCCAGCUAUUUGGGACCAGAGACUGGGCGAAUACCACAAUCGUGACGUAAUUUCCAGUUUAUGGAAUGAAGUGGCACAGGAGUGCUGUUCAGAUGUUAAAACGGCGAAAUCUAAAUGGAAACAUCUGAGAGACAAUUACAGAGCAGAACUUAAGAAACUUGGUAACGUUAGAUCAGGUGACCCAGGAAAAAGCCCACAGAAACGCAAUACCACUUGGCCUUGGUUCCAACACAUGCAUUUCCUAAGGGAUAUUUUAAUUCCAAGAGCAAUGCAGAGUUCGCUGUCAUCAGAAACGGAACCAGCAAGUCAAUCUCAACUAUCUCCAGAAUUUUCGUCUAACGACCACUCUAGUCCACAAGAUGAACGAGAUCAGUCUGAUAUAUCAUCAUUAGUGGCAGUUGAUGAAACGUCGCCACUGGCAAGCACAGUAUCACAAAGGAAAAAAAAGAGAAGUAGUGGGCCAAAUAUUGAAGAAGAAUUUUUAAAGCUCGAAAAGGACAAAUUAGCUGUGAUGAAGGCACAUCAAGACAUGACCCAAAACGAUGAUACGUACCACUUCCUGAUGAGUCUCAGGAGUGCAAUAAACUCCCUUCCAGUUCAGCGGCAAAUGUUUGUGAAACUUAAAAUACAAGAGCUUGUUUAUAAUGAAUUGGAGGCAGUGAGUGCAGUGCCAGGUUCUUCAAAACAAUGA